CCCAUUUCGGCACUGCGGCGACCCGAGCAGGAGAGGGCACUGACCCAAAGCAGAAUCCUGGGGGUGGAGCCCUGAGGGGGUCUCUGGCUUCAACGCCAGGGAAACCUUGGGGUGGGCAGAUGGGGGCCCCAGUGCAGGGAGCAGGGCUGCGCCGGGCCUCAGGCUGGGACAGCGAGAUGAGGGUCUGCGUGGAGGACGGAGAACCCCAGCCCGAGGCCCUCUUCUUCCUCAUUCCCCUCUGCCCGCCCUCCCAGGCUGAGGACACCCAGGAUUCAUUCCCACCUUCGCGGAACACAAGAGGGAGGGGCCCCCUGCCGUCCUGGCUUCACAGGCAGACCUGUCCCCCCCUGGUUCCUUUGCCCCUGAGUGUCUACCCUGCACAAACAGCUUCUCCGCCCCCAGCAGAGCCCAGCCGGGAGACCAUGCCAUGACGCCCCUACCUGCACCCCAGAGGAGGGCCAUGGAUGCGAGGGGACCCGUGGGCUUGGGUGGGGAUUACCCGUUGCAGUUCUGUCCACAAUUUUUCCAAGACAGGAUUCCCCCAGCUGCGGGCCCCAUUUCUGCUGCCCUUUCCCUGGGGGUGUGGGUGGGGUUACUUGAUUAGAGAAGCCACUUGUCCCCAGGUAGGGGCAGCUAUGGCCUCUGUGGCCUUCAGCAUCAGUGGAUAACCACCACCACCCCUGCCCAGAAAGGACAGUCAGGCCUGGAACCAGCCUGACCCCACCAGUGCGGGUGGGGAUGGUUGGGAGUUCACUGGGAUCUCAGGGAGGAUGGUGCCCCAGCAGAGGUAGGACUCCCCCCCCCCCAGUCCUCCUGCCCAGCUCACCCUGGACCUGGCCUGUGCGCAGGGGAAAGGGAUCAGUGCCCGCUGUCGGCCCUCCUGUCCUGUCCCCAGCACCUCCGAGGGGAGGAGGGCACCCUAUCUCCCAAACAGAAAUAGACCCACUCGAACUUAACAAAGUCCAGCAUGAGGGCUCGGGGGUGGAAGUAGCCAAGCUGAUGGCGAGGGAGAGAAAGGCCAGGACGCGAUCCUGAGUAUAGAGGCCGCGGGUGAACCCUGAGUGUGGAUGCGAAGCGGGGGCGUGUGCGCGGGCCCCUCCCUGCCCACGGCUCCCCUCCCUCGGGCUCCGAUACCCGGUGUCUGCGGAGCGGUGGAAAGGGAGCCGUCUGCGCUCUCGGCCUGGCCUCGCCGGACCCCGCCCGGCUCCCCUGCGGGCCCACCAGGGUCCACGCCCGCGCCCGCUCCUGGGGCGACCCCUCCGGGGGCCUCCGGGCCGCAGUCGGGGCAGGUGCGCAACAGGCCUUCAGAUGGAGCGAGUGGUCGUGAGCAUGCAGGACCCCGACCAGGGCGUGAAGAUGCGGAGUCAGCGCCUGCUCAUCACCAUCAUUCCGCACACGGUGGCUGGCGGCGACAUCGCGGAGUGGCUGAUCCAGAAAUACUGCCUCUCCGAGGAGGAGGCCCUGCACCUGGGCAGCCUCCUGGUGCAGCACGGCUACCUGUACCCUCUGCGCGACCCCCGCAGCCUUGUGCUCCGGCCCGACGACACACCCUACAGGUUUCAGACACCCUAUUUCUGGACGAGCACCCUGGGGCCAGCCACGGAGCUGGACUACGCCAUCUACCUGGCCAAGAAGAACAUCCGAAAGCAGGGGGCCCUGGUCGGCCACGAGAAGGAGCACUAUGACCAGUUGCACAGGAAGAUGAGCCACGCGUGGGACCUGGUGGUGGUGCAGGCCAGGGAGCAGCUACGGGCAGCUAAACAGCGCAGGAAGGGGGACAGGCUGGUCAUUGCGUGCCAGGAGCGGACGUACUGGCUGGUGAACAGGCCCCCGCCGGGCGUCCCCAGUGUCCUGGAGCAGGGUCCAGAGCGCGGCUCCUGUGCCGCCGGGCGAGCGCAGCUGACCCAGAGCCCGGAGUUCUACAGGCAGGAGGUGGAGCACUGCAGGAAGGCGCUGGCCAGGACCCGGGUCAAGUCCUCUGUCUGCCUUGAGGCGUACCUGAACUUCAGCAGCCAACGUGGCCCGCACGACCCCUUCCUGUCGGGCUGCCUGCCCAGCAACCCCUGGGUCACGGACGACGACACCUACUGGAUGGUGAACGCGCCCAGCGUGGCGGUGCCCACGAAGCUCCGCGUGGAGCGGUGGGGCUUCAGCUUCCAAGAACUCCUGGGAGACCCCGUGGGACGGGCCCAUUUCUUGGCCUUCCUGGGGACGGAGUUCAGCGCCGAGAACCUCAGCUUCUGGGAGGCGUGCGAGGAGCUGCGCUACGGAGGGCAGGCCCAGGUCCCCGCGCUGGUGGACUCGGUGUACCAGCAGUUCCUGGCCCCUGGCGCCGCCCGCUGGGUGAACGUGGACAGCCGCACGAUGGAGCGCACGCUGGCGGGACUACGGCGGCCGCACCGCUACGUGCUGGACGACGCGCAGCUGCACAUCUACAUGCUGAUGAAGAAGGUGGGUGUGCGGAGUGACUUGUGCUCCUGCCGGCGGCGCCGCGGGCCGCUCCCAGCACGGGUCUUAACGCGCGCGUUCCCGGCUGAGCGGCGCCCUCGUGCCUCCUGCCUGGCGGUGGUGUCGCUGGCCGCUCGGGGCGUGUCCGGACUGUCGUCCGCCCCCAGGGCCCCGGGCCCCUCCCGCCGCAGCACAACCCCGGGGCCGCGCGGCGCAGACACGGUGGGGGCUCGGUGUCCCCGCGGAGCUGGGGCUCGGUGUCCCCGCGGGGGCUUGUGCGCUGCGGCAGCCGUGGGCUCCGGUGGGGGUGAGGCAGCGCGGGCCCCAGCCUGGAGCCUGAGGGGACGCCGCCCCGCUCGCAGCCGCUCGCAGCCGUGCAGCGUCGGCCUGUGUGUUUUGUCGUCCCGCAGCGCCUCCCUGAUGCACGAGGCCGUGGGGCCCGGACGCGCCUCACCGCGGGGUCGUUGGCCCCGUCGCAUGCAGAGCUCUUGGCGGGGCGGGGGGCGCGGUCACAGGUCUCUGGGACCCUCUCCGCGUCCCACGGCCUGCAAGUACUUAGUUUCUUUUCCGUUGGCUUGAAUUUGGGUAUAAGCGGGUACACGUGCUAGGAUUGGGCGUGAAGCCUUUAAGCCUUUUCCCCAACUAGGCCGCACGGGGCGCGGCGCGGGGCCGGACCUCCCGCCCGGGGUCCAGUGGGGCCCGACCUCCUGCCCGGGGCGCAGGGCUGAGCGAGAUCCGAGGCGGGCGCCGGCCUGCGCCUGCGUUGGGGGUCGGGCUCCUUCCUGGCUCGGCGGCCCCCACGGCCUGGGUCUGCUCUGCCCGCCCUGCGGGGUCUCUCAUGGGUCUCCUGUUCCCUGUGACUCCGUGCAUCGGUGGUCGUUUCGCCCUGUUUGUGUAUUGGUUGGGUUGCGGGGACGCGUUUGCUGUGUGGUCCCUCCAGAGAGCAGGCCCGGGUCCCCUGGGGCAGGCCCGCGCGGGCGGCCUCCCGGUGUCUGCCACGGGCGCUCGGCGACGUCCGGUGAUCUUCAGGCCUUGCCCGCCCCGGGUCUCACCCGCUUUGGCUCGCAGUGUCCCGCAGUGUGGACGGCCCAGCCCGCGUCCCGCAGCCACCGCGGGGCCCGGCUCCUCCCGCCCACCCGGAGCGAGGCUGUUCACGAACCGAGCCGGGUGUGUCGCCGUCGCCUGGUUGGUGUCAGGGCCGGACCCUGAGCACAGGCGCAAAGGGCGUGUCCUGGGCGGAGUCGGAGCCCCUGCCGCUCGCGGUCCUUGCCGGGCUCCUGGCCGAGCCCCGGCCCCCCGGUCUCCUCGCUGCUCCUCUGCGCGCGUCCCACCUGAGGACCCCGGCUCCUCCGCGCUCAGGGCGACGGGCCCUGGACGCCCUGCUGCCUUGGGGCGUGUUAUCGUUGAUGUUUGGGAAUUAUUAUUUUAGCAUUCUGUGAAGCAUCAAUAUACUUUCAAAAUCCAACCUACAGGGAAGGUGGGUUUCAGGGAAGCCCAGUCCUGUCUGGAUUCUUGUGUGGUCUUCUCACGUUUUCACCAAAAUUAAUGACAAAACUUGUAUUUAUUUUUUUCUUUGAAUAUAAAGGAUUACGUUCUUA